AUGCCAGAAACCACAAUGAUAUCAGCUUCACAUUGGCUUGAGAAUGCCAUCGAUCAGGAAUAUUUGAACUUUCAUGAUUUCGAUAAAUUCUCGGAUCUCGUGCCAGUAGGAGACGGACCACUCGGCAAAGUAUAUCGCGCACAAUGGCAGAUUCGCGGUAUGGUUGUGGCAUUAAAAAGUUGGAUUGAUGAAACGAGCAAAGAGGAAAAACGGAUAUUGGAUGAAUUUAUGAAUGAGGUAAAUACCAGAUGCGGACGACCACCAUUUCAAACUUCCGCACCACCUACGGCUAUGUCUCAAAUCCAAAUUGCUACGCGAAUAUCCAAUGGAGAACGCGAAGAGCCAGUGAAGGACUCACCUU